AUGCAGCCACUCCUGCUCCUGGUGGUCUUUCUCCUGCCCCCCAGUGCUAGGGCAGGGCAGAUCAUUGGAGGCCAGGAGGCCAGGCCCCAUUCCCACCCUUACAUGGCAUAUGUUCAGAUCCAGACACCAGUGGGUCUGACCAUUUGUGGGGGGUUCCUGGUGCGAGAAGACUUUGUGAUGACUGCGGCUCGCUGCUUGGGAAGCCAAAUAAAUGUCAUCCUGGGGGUCCACAACGUCACCAGUUUUGAAUGGACCCAACAACGCAUACAGGUGCUCAGAGCCAUCCCCCACCCCAGGUACAAUCAGCGGAACAACCAGAAUGACAUCAUGUUACUGCAGCUGAGAAGCAGAGUCAGACGUAAUCGAGCUGUGAGGCCGGUGGCUCUGCCUCAGACCCAGAACAGGCUGAGUCCUGCGACCCUGUGCACCGUGGCCGGCUGGGGCCUUCUCGGUCUGAACAGGACAACAGACACGCUCCAAGACGUGCAGCUGACAGUGCAAAGGAAUGUGGAGUGUUACAGUCGGUUCGAUUUCUACACUGGGAAAAGGCAGAUUUGUGUGGGCGACCAAAGAGAGAGGAAGUCCACCUUCCUGGGGGACUCCUGUGGCCCCCUUGUGUGUAACAACGUGGCCCAGGGCAUCGUCUCCUACGGAAACAGGAUUGGGACUCCUCCAGCAGUCUUCACCAGGAUUUCCAGCUUCCUGCCCUGGAUACGGAGAACGAUGAGACGCUUCAAAGAGUGA